AUGCACUCUCCCAAUGUCAAAGAGGAAUCUGUGAUGCUCAAAACACUUGGGGGCAGAAGAAAGCAGAAGAGAUCCAACGAUGUGCAGACCAAUUGGCGAAGGCAGACUCGGGCCAAGCGGAGACGGAGCGGGUCGUGCCCUUGCGCCGUUCGUGGAGUGGAGUGGAUUAAGUUAAGAAAACGCAGGCGGUGCAGUUGCAUUCCGAUGGGGCGCCUGCUCUUGCCGUCGGGAGCAGGAAGAUGCUAUGUGCCUAGGUUCCUCAAGGCCUGUUUUGUGAUCAUUUUGCUGAUGAGCUUUUUCAGCAGCUGGCUCUAUUGGGACCCCUUCGUAACGUCCAGUGACUCGGCCAAACAGCUCUCCGCACAGCUACUCAGGGACCUCCCCGGCAAGGCCUUCCUCAGGUACUGGGAAGACCAAGGAGAGGGUACUACUGCAGAAGGGAGAGCAGGAGCAGAAGCUGAAACCAAAGCAGGUUCUCCGCCAGACUUCCACGACAGGUUGUUCACGCCCUUGCUGGAGACGUUCCGGAAUCCGGGUGGCCGGGAGAGGCGGAGAAAGAGCUUUAGGAAUGGCGACGUCCCUACAGUGGUGGCCUACAUCGACAAGGCUUUCCUGAAGUCGAAAUGGUACGUAGCGCACACCAGAGACAUUCAGGAAGGCCAUUGUCCCUUGCCUUGUACAAUCACGUCGCGUCUGUCUGAGGUGAAGACCGCGGACGCUGUGUUGAUCCACAUGAAGAGCAUUCCGAGCCGCGAGCAGCUCCUCCACGCCCUGCAACCCCGCGACCCGACUCAGCCUUGGAUCAUGUUCGAGGCCGAGACCCACUUCAUCGCCUCCACCAUUUACAAGGUGAACUACCGGACCCUGGACGGCGUCUUCAACCGCACAAUGUACUACCGCCGUGACGCAGACAUCCUGUUUAACCACGGCUUCAUCGUGGGACGAGGCGACGACGCCAGCCUCCUGCCGAAGCACUGGGUCCGGGAGGCCCAUGUGGCGAGAGCGAACGUGACAGGGCGAAUCGCAGUGGCCUUCAUCUCCAACUGCAAAGCGCACAGCAAUCGCCUUCUUUACAUCAACGAACUGCGGAAAAACAUCACCGUCGACGUGUACGGCAAGUGCGGGAAGCUGAAGUGCGGGAAAUCGCGUUACGCCGAGCACGAGUACCGGGUGGACCAAGACCCCUGUUUGAAAGCCGCGGCGGAGAAAUACCUGUUCUACCUGGCCUUCGAGAACGCCAUUUGCGACGACUAUGCCACGGAGAAGCUGUACAACCUGAUGUUCUACCCGCUGGUGCCUGUGGUGUUGGGAGGGGCGAACUACGAUGACCUCCUUCCUCCCAACUCGUACAUAGACGCCAGGCAAUACACGCCUAUGGAACUUGCCGAGAGAUUGCAGUACCUGGCGGAGCACCCACAGGAAUACCAGACUUACCUGGAGUGGAGGAAGUACUACCAGCCUUCCACUGUGGGCGGCAGUCGUGUCCUGUGCGACCUGUGCAAACGACUCCACGACGAAGACUUCUACGAGGAGAACACGAUUGAAGAUUUUUACGACUGGUUUGUGACGAAAUCUCACUGCACUGCCUGGGGCGCCGCGAACGUCACAGGCAGUGGACUUGCCUAG